AUGCCGUUUUCUCAUCACAGUCAUUCGGGCCAGUUCUGUCUGCAUGCGCAAGAUACUCUUGAGCAAAUGAUAGAGGCCGCUAUUUCCAAGGGCAUGAUUGUUUUCUCGUUGACCGAGCAUAUGCCCCGGGACCGGUUGGAGGAUCUCUAUCCUGAAGAGAUUGCUGCCUACCAGACACCCUUCGACCUUUACAGAAAUUUCCAAGACUAUUAUAACACCGCGCUUAGGCUGCGUGCGAAAUACCAACACCGGAUCCAUCUCCUCGUUGGUUUCGAGGUCGAUUACAUCCGCCCUGAAUCCAUCCGUCUCAUUGAGAAUCUCCAAUCAAUUUACAAAUUCGACUUCUUCGUCGGAUCUGUUCAUCAUGUUAAUACUAUUCCAAUUGACGUUGAUAGGCCAAUGUACCUUAGAGCUCUUCAGAGCGUAGGUGGCACAGAGGAGAGGCUAUUUGAGGCAUACUUUGAUGCUCAAUAUGAAAUGCUUACACAGCUCAGACCCGCUGUUGUGGGUCACUGGGACCUUAUAAGGCUGUUUAGCGAGAACCCAGCUAAGCCUUUGAUUGAGUAUGGCUCUGGUGUGUGGGGAAGAGUUGUCAGGAAUGUCAAUUUUGUUCUUAGCUACCGUGGUCUUACGGAAUUAAAUUCCGCCAGUUUGAGAAAAGGCUGGGAUGAACCGUAUCCCAGGAGGGAUUUGGCCCAGCUUGUUAUGGCCAACGGUGGUAGAUUCACCAUAUCUGAUGAUAGCCACUGCGCCUCCCAAGUCGGCCUUAAUUAUAACCGGCUCCUGGACUACAUCCGGGAUAUAGGCCUUCAAGAGGUCCAUUAUCUUGAGAAGCUCCCUAUGGGCGAAAUGGCCGUCAACGUGCUUGAUGCUUGUGCCGUGCGAAGGCUGACUAUAGACGAGCUGACUCAGCAGAGGUUCUGGCAACUUUGA